AGCUAGUCGGAAAGACUCCUGACCUUCGAAGGGAAAAAGUCGUCGAAGAGGAAUAGUAAUACACGGAACUCAUGGCUAAACCAUGGUCGGUUUUGCUUGGUCACAUCAAGUUAAAUUGCCUCACUAUUUACAAGAUGUGUGCUGGUAUUAAUUAGCUGAGGGAUGUGUUAGCUGGGUGGCUAAAACACAUCUGCGCAUUGACCAAUACACGCAAGUCAAUCCAUGACCUCACACGGUUAAGCUAUAUCCUGUUGCCUUCCGGUUACUAGCAACAAUAUUCUUCCCCAACAUUUCUUUGGGAGAGAGAGAGAGAGAGAGAGAGAGAGAGAUAUGGAGAUUUGGCAUCUGGUGGUCGUAGCAGUGGUGACUGUGAUUGUCGAGGGCGUUAUGCAUCUCAUUUUUUAUGCUUUAUGGGGUUUCGUGUCACCGAAAUUGGGGAGAUUGUGGCUACAGCUUGCCCAUCAAAAGGAGCCACAGACACCUCCUGUUCUCCUCUUGGAUCAAGGGCGAGAGGUAAACAUGAAACUGAUUCAAAGCGUGAUGAAAGUACUAUUCCCCAACCCAAAAACCGUGCGCCUCCGUGGCAACCACAACAAGUACCUCUGCGCCGGAGAAGACGAAAUAUCCGUAACCCAAGACGAGAGCGGCUCCUCCGAAAACGUCUGCUGGACCGUCGAAUUCUGUUCCGAAUCAGAAGACAAAAUCCGUCUCAGGAGCUGCUACGGCAAGUACCUCACCGCCUCCAACAAGCGCUUCCUCCUCGGCUUGACCGGACGCAAAGUCCUCCAGAUGGCCGGCUGCCUCGACUCGUCGGUGGAGUGGCAACCGAUACAGGAAGGGAAUUGGGUGAAGUUCAAGACACGGGACGGGAGCUUUUUGCGGGCCAAUGGCGGCGUUCCGCCAUGGCAAGAUUCGGUCACCCAUGAUGGUCCUUGGGUACUACAGGAUUUGGUCCUUUGGGAUGUUGAUGAGGUUGAGAUUGUGUCGGAACAGUUGCCGCAACCGGGCGUUCAGUUGGAAUCGUCGGGGUCCUGGUCAAGCUUGAAGUCGAAUUAUCGGCGUAAUUCCCUCAGUCUUGUAAGACAAGAGAUUCAAACCGUGAUGAAUCUAUUCUCCAACGCAAAAGCCGUGCGCCUCCGCAGCAACCACAAGAAGUACCUCUACGCCGAAGAAGACGAAAUAUCCGUAACCCAAGACGAGAGCGGCUCUUCCAAAAACGUCUGCUGGACCGUCGAAUUCUCUUCCGAAUCUGAAGACAAAAUCCGUCUCAAGAGCUGCUACGGCAAGUACCUCACCGCCUCCAACAAGCGCUCCCUCCUCGGCUUGACCGGUUGCAAAGUCCUCCAGAUGGCCGGCUGCCUCAACUUGUCGGUGGAAUGGCAGCCAAUACAAGAAGGGAAUCGGGUGAAGCUCAGGACGCGGGACGGGAACUUUUUGCGGGCCAAUGGCGGCGAUGCACCAUGGUGGGAUUCGGUCACCCAUGAUAUUCCUUGGGUACUACAGGAUUUGGUCCUUUGGGAUGUUGACGUGGUUGAGAUUGUGUCGGAACAGUCGCCGCAACUGAGCAUUCGAUUGGAAUCGUCGAAGUUCGGGUCGAGCUCUGGGUCGAAUCAUCGGCAUAAGUCCCCCAGUUUUGUAAGACAAGAGAAUAAUGCAGAGAAUGCUCUCCACUAUUCCAUGUCACAAAAAAUCAUAGUUCCAUCAAACAACAAGAUUCAAACUGCAAUGAAACUAUUCUACAAUGCAAAAGCCGUGCGCCUCCGCGGCAACCACAACAAGUACCUCUGGGCCGAAGGAGACGAAAUAUCCGUAACCCAAGACGAGAGCGGCUUUUCCAAAAAUGUCCGCUGGACCGUCGAAUUCUCUUCCGAAUCCGAAAACAAAAUCCGUCUCAAGAGCUGCUACGGCAAGUACCUUACCGCCUCCAACGAGCGCUUCCUCCUCGGCUGGACCGGCCGCAAAGUCCUCCAGAUGGCCGGCUGCCUCGAUUCGUCGGUGGAGUGGCAGCCGAUACAGGAAGGGAAUCGGGUGAAGCUCAGGACGCGGGACGGAAACUUUUUGCGAGCCAAUGGCGGCAUUCCGCCAUGGCUGGAUUCGGUCACCCAUGAUGUUCCUUGGGUAUUACAGGAUUUGGUCCUUUGGAAUAUUGAUGAGGUUGACAUUGUGUCGGAACAGUCGCCGCUACCUAAACCGGGUAUUCAGUUCAAAUCGUCGGAGUCCGGGUCGAGCUCGGAGUUGAAUCAUCGGCGCAAGUCCUCCAGUUCUGUCAGACAAGAGAAUAAUGCAGAGAAAUCCAAGUCACAAACCAGCAGAACUCCGUCAAACAACAAGAUUCAAAGCGUAAUGGAACUAUUCCGCAACGCAAAAACCGUGCGCCUCCGCGGCAAACACAAGAAGUACCUCUCCGCCAAAGAAGACGAAAAAACGGUAACCCAAGACGAGAGCGGCUUUUUAAAAAACGCCUGCUGGACCGUCGAAUUCUCUUCCGAAUCCGAAAACAAAAUCCGUCUCAAGAGCUGCUAUGGCAAGUACCUCACCGCCUCCAACAAGCGCUCCCUCGGCAGCGUGGCCGGCCGCAAAGUCCUCCAGACGGCCAGCUGCCUCGACUCGUCGGUGGAUUGGCAGCUGAUACAGAAAGGGAAUAAGGUGAAGCUCAGGACGCGGGACGGAAAAUUCUUACGGGCCAACGGCGGCAUCCCGCCAUGGCGGGAUUCGGUUACCCAUGAUAUUCCGAACCGGACGGCUACACAGGAUUGGGUCCUUUGGAAUGUUGAUGUGGUUGAGAUUGUGUCGGAAGACUCGGAACAGUCGUCGCAACCAAAACCGAAUGUCCAGUUGGAGUCCGAGUCAAGUUCGGAGUCGAAUCAUCGGCAUCACUUCCCCAAUAUUGUAAGACAAGAGUCGAAUGACUCUGAGGGUAGUUCAGAGUCCAAGGGCACGGAUGGACGAGUCAUCUAUUACAGUAUAGAGGAUGAAUAUUCGAAUGUGGAUGAGGAUUUGAAGGAGCUCUCAUUCAUGUUCAAGGGGAAUGGUGUUCAGGAGUUGACCAAGAGGCUAGAGGAGGAGACGGGGCUUGAAGACAUAAGAGUGUGCUCCCGCAGUUCAAUGAAUAUGCUAUACACGCUUCGGUCGAAGUUUCCUCCCAAUAAUGUGGAUAUGCACGUCGUCGUAGUUCCAUCAUCGUUGAGAGCUGAGUGAGAGAGUUGGUUUUUUUUUAAGCGAGUCUGCGUCUUUGUCACCUGUGUUUUAGUACAUAAUUUUAGCAGCGGAAUGCAACUGCGGGGUCGCCUACUCAUUUUCAAGGUU